AUGGCCUCUAACGAAGGUGAUAUCUCUGAUUCUGUUACUCGGCGCCCAAGAACUGCUCGGCCUGCGGGCAAACGAGGUCGUGGCCGGAAGAAGGUGACUCCUUCAACUAGAUCAACUCGUUCCAAAAGGAAUUUGUAUGCUGCUGAAGUGGUGGAAGCCGAUGAUGUUACAGAAGACGUCCAGGAAGAACACGAUACAGAAGAGGACCCCACGUCCCCUGAUGUUAGUAAGGAAGAGGAUGAUUUGGUAGAAGCUACUUCUGAAGAUGGAGACAAGUUAUUUCAUAGUCUUUCCGAAAGUAAUGCUACGGAAAACGGUGUUGAAGAUGACAAACUCCAAACUGUAGGCAAGGAAGAAUUUGUAGAAGAAGAGGAGGGUGUUUCUUUAAGUUUAGAAGAACAACAAAAAAUUUGUGAAGAAGAGGAUGACAUCUAUGAAGAAGAUGGAAAACUGUAUCGGAUUAAACAUGAGGUUGUGGAAUAUACUGGCCAAGAGGAAUUUGGUGAAAGUAGUGGGGAUAGUAAUCAAGUGAAGCAAGAGUAUAAUGAAGAUGAUAAACAAACACAACAAGAAUUUGAUGAAGAGUCGAGUCAUGGGGUGGAGAGAGAAGUUCCUGAGUUAGAAGAUACAGCUAUUCCAUCUCCUGUGCAUUCCGAUGUUCAAGUUAAGAUGGGAGGAGAGAGUGGUGAGGAGAGUCAAAGUUAUUCACAAGAAGUUGUGGAGGAAAUAGACUAUCAAUAUACAGUUCAAGAAGAAAUUGCAGAAACAAAUGAUGUUCAGUCCAAUAGAAUGUUUCAAGCUGGAAGCGAUGCUGAUGAAAAAGAACCGCCUGAACAAGAGUUGCCGGAACAAGAAGAAAAAUCGUUUGUUCAAGAUGAAAUGGAAGUUUCAAAUGUUGAAAGUGAGGGAGUAUCUAAUGAACGUGAGGAAAAAAUGGAAACUGGUGAAGAAAAUGAAGAUAACGGAGAAACAGACUUACCAACUGGGAGUGAUUUAAAAUCAGAGAAGAAACAGUUGCAGGAAGAUAAUAAUGAUUCAAAUUUCCAAACGGAACCAGACACCGAAAUGGUAUCUGAAGAUGAACUGCCUACAGAAACAAAGGAACCUUUAGAAACUGAAGCAGUUUCAGACGAAGAACUUCCAGAACCAGCCACUGCUGUUGAUUUACCUGAAACAGAAGCUGUUUCAGAAGAUGAAUUACCUCCUGAAAAAACUGAUAAGAAAAAGAAGAAAACGCUAACAUCAAAGUCUUCUGAAGGGGAAAAUUCUUUAGAAUCAAGUGGUGGUAAAAAGAAAAGAUCUGAAGCACCAAAACGUAAACUUUCAGAAGGAGAUACAUACGAUCCGAGUUCUCCAACAUCUGAGAAUAGUUGUGAUGAAAGUCCUGCUGCCAAACGUGCUGCAGUUGCUGGUGGUGGUUCUACUCCACAAGCAAAGCCAAUGCCUAAAUCAAGAAAGUCUUUACCAGAACUCGACAAGUACUGGGAAGCUGUAACUGAAGACCCUUCUGAUUUUACUGGUUGGACAUAUUUAUUGCAAUAUGUUGAACAAGAAAAUGAUAUUGAAGCAGCUAGAGAGGCUUAUGAUGCUUUCCUUUCACAUUACCCCUAUUGUUAUGGUUAUUGGCGUAAAUAUGCAGAUUAUGAGAAAAGGAAAGGUAACAAAGAGAAGUGUGAAGAUGUAUUUGAACGUGGGUUAAAAUCCAUUCCUUUGAGUGUAGAUUUAUGGAUUCAUUACUUAAAUUACUGUAAAGCAACUUAUUCAGAAGAUGAGGAACAUUUGCGCACUCAGUUUGAGAAGGCCAUUAAUGCUUGUGGAAUGGAAUUUAGAUCAGAUAAGUUAUGGGAAAGUUAUAUCAAGUGGGAAACUGAAGGAAAAAGAUUUCAAAAUGUGACUGCCCUUUAUGAUCGUUUGUUAACCGUGCCUACGCAAGGUUACACAAAACAUUUUGAUAACUUUCAAGAACAUAUUAGUAACAAUCCUCCUCAGAAAGUUCUUUCAGUUGAUGAAUUUCUUACACUGCGCCGAGAAGUACUCCAGCUUUUGAAACAAUAUGAUCAGCCUCUCACAACUGAUGAUGUAGCUCCUGGAGAAAAAGUCGAAGCUCCACCUGGUGAGGAGUCCGAGGAACAGCCAGCUGUUAAAAGUGACGAAGAAACAACUGCUUUGCGUGAAAGAAUUAUUUCUUUGAGAAGGAAAAUUCAUAAAAACACAGUGGCUGCUGUUGCUGAUAGAUGGCAUUAUGAAGAAGGUAUCAAAAGACCUUAUUUCCAUGUAAAACCUCUUGAACGGUGCCAGUUGAAGAAUUGGAUAGAAUACUUAGAUUAUGAAAUAGAGCAAGGAGAUAAAGAUAGAAUAAUAAUAUUAUUUGAACGAUGUCUUAUUGCUUGUGCACUCUAUGAAGAAUUCUGGAUAAAAUUUAUUUGUUAUCUUGAAAACCUUAAUGAAGAUAUGACUGAUAAAAUACGCAAUGUGUAUGAAAGAGCGUGUACUAUUCACCAUACCAAGAAGCCCAAUCUUCAUUUACAUUGGGCUGUAUUUGAAGAAAGUCAUCAGAAUUAUGACAAAGCUUCAGAAAUAUUGAAUAAUCUUGAAAAACUAGUUCCAAACAUGCUGCAGGUGGCAUAUCGUCGCAUCAAUCUUGAAAGGCGGAGAAACAAUUUAGAGAAAGUUUGUGCUUUGUAUGAGCAUUACAUUUCAUCAUCCAAGAACAAAGUAAUUGCAAAUAACAUGGCUAUCAAAUAUGCUCGCUUUUGUUGGAAGAUAAAAGGUGAUGUAGAAAAAGCUAUUCUAGUUUUAAACAAAGCUGUUGAAAAGGACAGAGAAAAUCCACGUCUAUAUUUGCAGUUAAUAGACAUGGGUCUUCAAAGGUCUCCUUUAAAUGAAAGUGAAAUUCUUUGCAUUAUUGAUCAGUUCUUGAAUAGGGAUGCUGAUCCUGAACAGAAAGUACUCUUCGCACAACGAAAAGUUGAGUUCAUGGAAGAUUUUGGAUCUGAUGUGCUGUGUGUUCAAAAGGCUCAUGAUGAAUUUCAGAAAUACCUCAAAAUGGCAAAGGAUCGUAAGAAGAAGUCACCUGACAUAGAUGGGAAGAUAGGUGAUGGGUCACCGAGCAAGAAAAAGAACCAGGCUGGUGCUGGGGAUGGGACACAUUCUGGGCAUGGUGGUUCUCAUAGCUCUAGUCAGUCUCCCCAUAGUGGCAGUGGAUCUCAACCACCCCAACCACCUAGUGGUGCUCAGUUGUCGACAACAGCAGCAGGGGCCAGUCAGUAUCCACCACCCAGUUAUGCUCAAGCAAGUGGGUAUUCUCAACCUCCGCCCGCACAGGGUGGUUACCAAGGAGGGCAAUAUCCUCCUACUGGAGCUCAGCAACCUCCAACACCAUACAGCCAGCCGCCGUACAACCAGCAAUAUAGCCAGUCCGGGGAUCCCAGUUAUGCAAACUAUCAAAAUUGGGGAUAUUCACAGACGGGGUAUGGUGGUUAUAACCAGGGAUGGAAUUAUAAUUAUUAUCAGUGA